AUGGUGGCCCAUGAGGGGAACCUUGCAAUUGAUUCACAAUCGAGGAAAACGAGAAUUUAUUUAAAGAAGCGGUUGCAACAAGUGGAAGAGCUAAGGAGCGCGUUCCAGGAGACUGAUGCCGUGAUCGUGAAUCUAGAAGGGUUUGCGGAAUCGAGCUAUGCCGUAAAAAAUUUCCAGUCGGAGUUCGAGGAGCGUUAUAUGGACUCCUAUUGUGCCAUCGCAGCGGAUUUGGAUAGACUUGGAGCCGAGACUCCUAAGCUGCAGCCACUGCCAAGUGGAGCCGCUGAUCCGGAGGUGCGACUGAACAUGCCACAGAUGUCAGUUCCCAAGUUUUCCGGUGCGUGUGUGGACUGGCCAGGCUACUAUGACGCCUUCACGAGCCUCAUACAUAACAACAAUAAUUUGAGUAACGUACAGCGGUUACAUUUUCUGAAGGAAUCGUUGCCGGUAGGGCGUGAUAAUGACAUCCGUCAAAUGCAGCUCACAGAGACGAACUACGCCGUGGCAUGGGGAAUGAUGAUUAAAAGGUACAACAAUCCUCGUCUAGUUUUUUCCCACCACAUGAACGCGAUAUACGCGUUGCCCAGGCUGCAAAAGGAUAAUACGGAUUCAAUACGGUCGAUGCUGAGCACGGUCAAUGUUUGCCUGGCUGCAUUCCGCCGCGUCCAAGCCUUGGACGGGGAACGGCAGCACUGGUUGGCGCAUUACAUAGCAGCGAAGUUGCCCAAGGAGACCCACAACGCUUGGGAGCACCACCAAGGGAGCGGUGCCACCGUUCCAACUUAUAAGGAUUUAGAAUCGUUUUUGAAUGAUCGGCUGGUCAUAAUGGAUGCGAUCGAGAACCGAAGCUCGUCGUACGACUCCAAUAAUGGCUCAGGAUCUGUCGACCCAGGCAAGCGAGUGCAAGUGCAUAGUGCACAGGAGCACACAAGGCGCCCGAAUAGCUCCUGUUAUCACUGUAGCGGUGACCAUAUCCUGCGUCGUUGUGCCGCCUUUUUGGCCUUGGACUGCUAUAAGAGGAAGGACAUAGUCAGCAGGGCGAAAUUAUGUAUUAAUUGCCUGAGUAAAGCACAUGCGCUUUCCCGCUGUACCAGCAAUAAGAGCUGCCAAAUUUGUGGCCAGCGCCAUCAUACGCUGUUGCAUUUCCCAGCAUUGGCUCAGGACCGAUCGUCAAGCCACACAGCGCUGCAUCCAGUUCGGUCUGCCACGACGCAUCCUGAUGCAGCUGGGGAGACCGUACCUCAGCAGGGCCUACAGUCAACGUCGGGCCAGAAUCCGGACGCAUCUUACAGAUGCUAUUCAGCAACUUCGGCGAAUGGGUCCUCCCGAAAUGUGCUCCUCGCCCCUGCUCGUAUUGCCGUACGAAACCCGGUCAACGGGCUACGAGCGGUCAUAAAUGCACUCAUCGAUCAAGGAUCUGAGGCAACAAUAGUUUCGGAGCACGUCGUACAGUCCCUGCAUCUGAGAAGGUGCAAUACCCGAGCAUCGAUUUUUGGGGUGGGCCCAGGGGGCGGUCGUCGUUGCAAGUAUACAGUUAAUUUCGAAGUUAAUAGUAUUAUUAAUCCCUAUUUUUCUCUAGAGGUUGAUUCAGCAUAUGUUCUCAAUUCAGUUACUUCCUGUCUGCCUAGCCUUAGCUUCACGCCGCAGCGUUGGAAUCAUAUUCGAGGGCUCCCUCUGGCAGAUCCGAGCUACGCCCGGUCGAAGAGAGUCGAUCUCAUCUUAGGAGCGGACAUGUUGGCGCAAAUCAUGCUGCCAGACACCAGGAUUGGAUUGCCCGGCGAGCCUAUAGCGCAGAAUACACGCUUCGGAUGGAUUCUAUCGGGACGUGCCGAAGGAGUAAGAGAAGCAACACAAUUGCGCUGUCAUCGAGUGCUGCUGGACACGGAGGCAUUGCUGAAGCGUUUUUGUGAAGUCGAGUCAGUUCCUGAUUGCCCUAUAUCGACAGAGGGGGACCUCUGGUGCGAGUCGUUUUUUCAGGAGACCCACGUGCGUCGACCGGACGGCCGCUAUGUGGUCAGGUUGCCUUUUAAAACCUAUCUCGAUCCGACCAUGGUCUUGGGAAGGUCUGAUCAGAUGGCGCUUAAUCGGUUUCUCCAGAUGGAAAGGCGUCUGUCCAACAAUCCAGACCGUUGGAGCAAAUAUGUAGAUGAGAUUGAGGAAUACUUCGCGCUCGAGCAAAUAGCGCCGGCAAUGGGCAGUGAAAGCAGCACAGUGAGGAGUACGGCCGCGAACAGGCAUGUAGCCUCUUGUGUACUUCCGCAUCACGCUGUCUUUAAGAAGGAAAUUCAGUCAACCAAACAGCGAAUCGUCUUCGAUGCCUCCUCAAGGACUAGCAAUGGAAGAUCUUUAAAUGACAUUUUUUGGACUGGGCCUACUCUUCAAAACGACAUACGCCCAAUAUCAGCGGAUUUUAUGGCGGAUGGGUCCAUCAACGUUUAUGCGUUGACAACGCUAACCUUCGGAACGGCUUCGGCACCCUUCAUGGUGAUCAGAGUCAUUCAACAAUUAGCGAAGGAUGAGCAGGGUUCGUUUCCUAAGGCGGAAGAAGUAUUAAGGGACGAGAUCUACGUGGACGACAUUCUUUCCGGUGGGCCUACGAUAGAAGAUGCGGAGGAUAAACGGGCCCACGUAUCGGGUGCUAUAAAAUCCGCUUGCAUGGAGUUGCGGAAAUGGUCCAGCAACGAAGAGAGCCUUUUGCAAUCGAUUCCGCCAGAGCAUCAAUGCAGUCGGACACCUCUGAACUGGGACGCUGCGGAUCCGAUCAAGGCGUUAGGAAUGUAUUGGCUCCCCAAUAAGGACUGCUUCAAAUUUCAGGUCAAUUUUGAGAUACCACCUACUUUCACUAAUAGGACGAUCCUGUCGAGCAUAGCGAGGCUGUUCGACCCGCUAGGUCGCGCCAGUCAUCAUCUCGGGAAAGUUAAUAUUGAAGGAGGUAACCAUGGCUAA